UACAUAAUUUUUCAUGCUUUUUUCGCUGCAAAAUCUUUGAUUACGUCAUUAAAAUUGAUUGAGUUCGCUACUUCGCUUUCUAUUGAAAGAAUAGACAGAGAUGUAAAUCGGUCUUGACUUAUUGAUGAUCGAAGAUAAUUUUUUAUUAGUUUCAACCGCGAAAAACUAACGCAGUAUCUAUUAUUUUCAAAAAAUAAUGUAUACGGAAGUAUUCUUCGUCGCAACACGCUGCAACGAAAUAUUCAAUGUAAAGGCGGGAGAGAAAAUCUUGUACUCAUGCCAGUGUACAGCAAGUUAUCAUCGAUUAGUGGAUUAUGCGAUUGCAUUUUCCACACACACCUGAAUAUUCAAUCUACUAUAAAAGGGGUCCUGCAAAAUGUCUGAUGAGUUUUCGUACACCGCAGGGCCGGGUUCCAGCGAACGCGCUGGAUCUGCCUCGCGCCGGUUCUGGUCUAGUUUAUUAAAGAUUUGUUUGUUUGUAUUUUUAGAAUGAAACAACGCAAAAAGUAAUCAUAAAUUUUUUCUCUACUUGGUUUUUAGAAGCAUGUGCUUUGGGGCAUAAUGGGACGGUUUCCCUUAAAGGAAAAUUAAAAGAAAAAGGGGAAAAAACAAAGUUUAGUAAAAAAAAGAACAAGGAACGAUUACUUGGAAGGAGAAGAUAAUACGACUUGUCUUUACUGCACCGAGGCUUACUCAGUCGAUUGAGGGUUAAUGUUCAUGUGUAGCAUGCAAAAAAUGGGCUCAUAUGUCUUUUGCGGGUUUUGACAGCGACGAUGACGAUUCCGUGCUGGUUUGCGAGUUUUGUAAGCAACAAGAUUAAUAUAUUUUUUUCCCCCUGAUAUUUCAGCACUAAUCUCAUACCCCAUUCUGCCCCCAAGUACUGGGCGGAACGGAAUGUGGGCAAGCUUUUUUUCAUGAUUUAUUUUUCAUACAAAAUUAUUAAAUUUUUUUAUUUAAUUUAAAUAAUUAUGUGCCAAAUAUAAUAAAUAAAAGAUAUAAUGUAAUAUAUUUUUGUUAUUUUCCUUUUAUUGCUGACACAAUUUUAAUUUUUUUGUUAACUACCCCAUUCCGCUUCGGGUUUCCAUAAAUGUAUGAAAUAUUUAAAUACGAAAAUAAAAAUAUAAAAGAAAAUGAUGACAUUGCAAAGAUAUUAAAAUAAUAAAUAAUAAGAUUUUUGCAAUGUUGUCAUUUUGAUAAGUUGAUUAAUUAAUAUAUGAUAAAAUAAAAUUAUCAGAAAAUGUUUUGUUCUGUAAAAGAUAUAAAUUUAAAUUAUUGCGUUUCGAAAAUGCGAACAUCAAUCUAUGUGUUCUUGAUUGCCAUUUUGUUCUGGUAUCCAAGAUUUAUCUUUUGUUUUACAUUCUCAGAAAAUUCUUGCACCAUAUCGAAGUUAAAAAUAUGCACACCAGAUGUUCCUGAUAAUGAUGGUUUAACAAGACCUCAACAAACUGUUAAUUAUCAUCUCGGUCCCAGAGAUUGUUCUGAAAUUCGAAAUAAUGGUGUUACUAAAUCUGGAGUUUAUAGAAUUUGGCCAUUAAACUGGCAAAUCUAUGGUAGUUUUCAAGUUUAUUGUGAUAUGGAAACCGACGAGGGAGGUUGGACCGUUUUCCAAAGAAGAGGAAAAUUUAAUGCUCCAAAAAAUUAUUUUGAUGGCACCUGGUCUGAUUAUAGUGUUGGAUUUGGUCAUUUAAUGAAAGAGUUUUGGUUAGGAAAUGAAAGAAUUUUUUCCUUAACAAAUCAAGGGAACUAUUCUCUUAGAGUCGACUUGAAAGACGAAGAAGGUAACAAAGUUUAUGCAUUAUACAAUGAAUUCUGGAUCGAAAACGAAAGACAACGAUACAGACUACAUGUUUCUGGUUACAGUGGAAAUGCCGGCGAUUCAUUAUCUGACCAUAAUAAUUUGAUGUUUACCACGAAAGAUAGGGAUAACGAUUAUUCACCAAGUAACUGUGCAGAUUUAUACAAAGGAGCAUGGUGGUACUUUGACUGCCAUGCUUCUAAUUUGAAUGGCCUUUAUCUGGAUGGUCCUCAUAAGUCAAUUGGUAGUGGAGUGAUUUGGUAUAAAUGGAAAGGAUAUUAUUACUCUAUUCCGGUAGCGGAAAUGAAAAUGCGACGAACUAUGAAAGCAGCAAUAGAACUUGUUCAGCAAGUUGGAACAAUUGUAUCAGAAUGUAUUUAUCAGAAAAUGUUUUGUUCUGUAAAAGAUAUAAAUUUAAAUUAUUGCGUUUCGAAAAUGCGAACAUCAAUCUAUGUGUUCUUGAUUGCCAUUUUGUUCUGGUAUCCAAGAUUUAUCUUUUGUUUUACAUUCUCAGAAAAUUCUUGCACCAUAUCGAAGUUAAAAAUAUGCACACCAGAUGUUCCUGAUAAUGAUGGUUUAACAAGACCUCAACAAACUGUUAAUUAUCAUCUCGGUCCCAGAGAUUGUUCUGAAAUUCGAAAUAAUGGUGUUACUAAAUCUGGAGUUUAUAGAAUUUGGCCAUUAAACUGGCAAAUCUAUGGUAGUUUUCAAGUUUAUUGUGAUAUGGAAACCGACGAGGGAGGUUGGACCGUUUUCCAAAGAAGAGGAAAAUUUAAUGCUCCAAAAAAUUAUUUUGAUGGCACCUGGUCUGAUUAUAGUGUUGGAUUCGGUCAUUUAAUGAAAGAGUUUUGGUUAGGAAAUGAAAGGAUUUUUUCCUUAACAAAUCAAGGGAACUAUUCUCUUAGAGUCGACUUGAAAGACGAAGAAGGUAACAAAGUUUAUGCAUUAUACAAUGAAUUCUGGAUCGAAAACGAAAGACAACGAUACAGACUACAUGUUUCUGGUUACAGUGGAAAUGCCGGCGAUUCAUUAUCUGACCAUAAUAAUUUGAUGUUUACCACGAAAGAUAGGGAUAACGAUUAUUCACCAAGUAACUGUGCAGAUUUAUACAAAGGAGCAUGGUGGUACUUUGACUGCCAUGCUUCUAAUUUGAAUGGCCUUUAUCUGGAUGGUCCUCAUAAGUCAAUUGGUAGUGGAGUGAUUUGGUAUAAAUGGAAAGGAUAUUAUUACUCUAUUCCGGUAGCGGAAAUGAAAAUGCGACGAACUUAGGAAAGUAAUUAUUUACAACAAUUAUUUAAAAUAAUCAAACUAUUUCUAUAAAAACUUUU